AUGAGCACUCUGAACCAGCAGUAUGAGGAGAAAGUCCGUCCCUGCAUCGACCUUAUUGACUCUCUCCGCUCUCUCGGUGUAGAGAAGGACCUGGCGCUGCCUGCUAUCGCCGUGAUUGGAGACCAAAGCUCGGGGAAGAGCUCUGUGUUGGAGGCGCUGUCCGGGGUGGCACUGCCGAGAGGCAGCGGCAUUGUAACAAGAUGCCCUCUUGAACUCAAGAUGAAGAGAAAGAAAGAAGGAGAAGAAUGGACUGGAAGGAUAAGUUACCAGGGCCACGAGGAGGAAAUAGAAGAUCCUACAACUGUGGGUAAAAAGAUUGAAGAAGCUCAAAAUCAAAUGGCUGGGGUCGGAGUGGGGAUCAGCGAUGAGCUCAUCAGUCUGGAGAUCGCUUCCCCUGAUGUCCCGGACCUGACCCUCAUCGACCUGCCCGGCAUUGCCAGGGUGGCUGUAAAAGGACAGCCAGAGAACAUCGGCGAUCAGAUAAAAAGACUGAUCCAGAUGUUUAUCACAAAACAAGAAACCAUCAGCUUGGUGGUUGUUCCGUGUAAUGUGGACAUUGCAACCACAGAGGCUUUGAAAAUGGCGCAGCAGGUGGAUCCUGAAGGAGAGAGGACUUUGGGUAUCUUGACUAAGCCUGACCUGGUGGACAAAGGCACAGAAGAGAACGUGCUUGAAAUCGUCCAUAAUGAAGUCAUCUACCUGAAUAAGGGCUACAUGAUUGUCAAGUGCAGGGGUCAGAAGGAGAUCACAGACAAAGUGUCUCUUACUGAAGCCCUAGAAAAAGAGGAGAUGUUCUUCAAAGAUCAUCCCUAUUUCCACACUCUUUACAGUGAAGGUCACGCCACUGUUCCUAAACUGGCUGAAAAACUCACCCUUGAGCUGGUGAAUCACAUUGAGAGAUCUCUGCCAAGACUGGAAGAGCAGAUAGAGGAUAAAUUGGCUCAGACUCAGACAGAGCUGGACAGAUAUGGUAACGGACCUCCUUCUGAUAUGGCUGAGAGACUCAUCUUCCUCAUCGAUAAAGUGACCGCAUUCACUCAGGAUGCCAUCAACCUGACUUCAGGAGAGGAGCUCAACUGUGGAGAGAGCCUGAAUGUUUUUUCUACUCUCAGGCGAGAGUUUGGGAAGUGGAAUGCCCACCUGGACCGUUCAGGACAAAACUUUAACAGGAAAAUUGAAAAAGAGGUGGAGGUAUAUGAAGACAAGUACCGUGGAAGAGAACUACCAGGAUUUAUCAACUACAAGACUUUUGAGGUCAUGGUGAAGGAGCAGAUCAAACAGCUGGAAGAACCAGCUGUCAAGAAACUCAAGGACGUAGCAGAUGCUAUAAAAAGGGUGUUCCUACAGCUGGCCCAGAGAAGCUUCACUGGAUUUCCUAACCUAAUAAAAACAGCAAAGGCAAAGAUCGAAGCCAUUAAGCAGAAUAAAGAGGCCACUGCUGAAUCAAUGCUAAGAACUCAGAUCAGGAUGGAGCUGCUGGUUUACUCCCAGGACAGAACCUACAGCAACAGCUUGAGUGAAAGCAAGGAAGAAGAUGAGGAGGAGGAAAACAAUCACAGAGGCAAGCUGCGGAAACCUGUGUACAUCAAGGAUAACCAUGCUACACUUCAGGAACUGAUGCUACACCUUAAAUCAUAUUACAAAAUUGCUGGGCAGCGUCUGGCUGAUCAAGUCCCACUGGUGAUCCGCUACCACAUGCUGCAAGAGGCUGCCAUCCAGCUGCAGAGGGAGAUGCUGCAGAUGCUUCAAGACAAGGAAAAGUUGGAGUUCUUGCUGAAGGAGGAUUCUGACAUUGGCACCAAGAGGGCUGCUCUGCAGAAUCGCUUCACACGCCUCAUGAAGGCCCGUGCAUACUUGGUCGAGUUCUAGAUGUGAAUGCUCUGCAGUCAGUGGUGCCAGGCGAUGGGAGACCUUUUAUAUGUACACAUGUAGUCUUUUCAUCCAAAACAUAUGAGGCACUCCAUCCUAAAUUAUAAAUGUCUUUUAGGGCUUAAGGGCUCUGUAUAACUCUCUGGUUUACUAGUGUGGGUAAAUUAUACUAAAGUGCUUCUUGUUCGUAUUUUUUUAGAUUAUUUUGACAUCACAUCACAAAAAUUUGCUUAAAUAUAGUUUUUCCUAACUUGACCUUUCUGAUUAUAUUUUAAGUGUCAGAUACUUAAUGACACGGUCUAAUUUAUGGGAAUUCUAUUCAUUAAUUUAAAAAAAAAAAAAAAAAACCCACACAAAAAGCCCCUGAUCAAAUCAAACUGAACUGCUCUGCUUCCGUUUGGCUGAGAUGUUGAAUUCAUCAGUUUCAAUUCUAAAACUGAGUAAAUAACUGGGGUGGCUGUGACUCAGGAGGCAGAGCAGGUAAGUUGUAUAAAAGCCCUUUGAUUGUUCAGUAGAAAAACCAGAGAUAAGAACCAGUACAUUACCGUUACACUUUGUAACUACUUAAAUAACUUUAGCUCCCUCUUGUGGUUUCCCACAGUAAAUUAAAAACAGCAAAACAAAUAGUUAUAAUCCAAAAAUUUUAAAUUAUUAUUUAAGUUGAAGUAAACAGUUCUGUUUUACAUAAAUAUAAAUCAACAAUGUAAA